AUGGAAGAAAGUGUAAUAGAAAAAGAGUUAAAAAUUAAGAAUAAUGAACAAGCAGUUAUGUCUUGUUUUCAAAACAGUUUAAAUAGUUUAAAUUGUAAACAAAUUAAAUUUGACCUUCAAAAAAUAAUUGAAACUAUUGGAUCAAGACAUUGUAAUCAAGCUAUCACUAUGAAAGAAAUUUUUGACUGCAUUAAACAAUCAAAAUUAAGUGAUGAAAUGAAUGAAGAACUUUAUAUGAAGAUGAUUACUUGUGCUACACAAAGAGUUCUUCAAAUCCCUGAAGAUUUAUAUAUUGCUCUUGUAAAUGGACUAAUUCAACAAAGAAAAGAAUUUGUUUUAACUCAAUUAUUACAAUAUAAAGUAAUACCAGAUAAUAAUUCAAUUGCAGCAAUAUUACUUCAACAACAAACUUCAAUACCAUGUUUAUAUUAUUGUGGAUUAGAUAUGUUAAAAAGGAUGAAAAAUUAUUCAAAAUUAGUUGAUUUAUAUUUAAUGAAUAAUAAUAUAUCAAUGGCAUUGCAAAUAGCAAACCAAUAUUCUGUUGAAAUACCUUCUACUAAAGUACAAGAAUAUAUUAAAAAUUAUAAUGAUGACUUAUUGCUUUAUCAAUUGAAGCUCAUCUUUCCUGAACUUGCUUAG